AUGGCUAACCAGCCCACUAACACCCCUAAUUUCACUGAAAUGUCCCAUACUCCUCCUCCUCCGCCUGAGUUUUCAGGCGAAAUCUCCGCGGGUUCUAAGACUCGUUUUCCGAAUCCUCCGGAGACUUAUUUUCCGAAUCGUCCAGACCCUUCGAAUCCAGACCCUGUGACGCUGAGGGAGCAAUGGAGGUUUGCAACGAGGCAAUACGGCAAGUGGUACUCUCACGCAUGGGGCACCGCCAUUCUUGCUGGAAUCUCCUUCUUUGCCCUCGGCUGGUUCAUCAAAGGCGGCAAUCCCUUGACCUCUUUUAAGCAUGCUGAUGAUGAUCACAAAGCAAAGGGUGAUUAA